AUGGACACCGUCAAGUUCGUGCCGCCUGGCGGCCAUCGCGCAUGCCUCAGCUGCUCUGCCGCGAAAGCCAAAUGUGUCUUUUCCGAUGAGACAGAUGGAGUCGACGGCUUUGUCGACGGCCUCGACUUUAUCAACAGCACCAGCAACGACCUUGCUGGCUCCUCCCGUGCCAGUUCCUCGGCCACCGGUGGCCUGGAAGGCACGCCGGCCGUUCCCCGGUGCCAGCGAUGUGAGCGCCUCAACCGAGAUUGUCUCCUACCCACGCGCCCGCGGAAGAAGCGGCGUGUUGGAGCCAUAAAACCUGGAACGAGUCGUUCCACGUUCUCCGUGAUGCCACAGACCGCCUCACCCCAACAAAAGGCGACGCCGUCACGAACCACCCAUAGCAACUUUGGUGCCCACGGUGCGACCGGUUCGCCGUCAAGGCCGGCAGCCACCCCGGCAGGCCAUUCGAGUGCAGGUCAGACUUCGUCGUUCCCUGCGAGCCGGAUUCCCUCGCUCUCCAAACUGCCCACGCCAAGUGGUGCAAGCAGCAGCGCAAGCUACAGAGGGAGCGGUGGUAACAGCCAGCCGCCGCUGAAACGAAUGCCAUCAGGCAUACCGCAAUCGACGAUGCAUUCAGCCUCCGUCAUACCCGGCCCGCCGUCGUCACUCCUCAUGCACCAACACCACCACCAACAACACCACCAACAACAGCAGCAACAGCAGCAGCAGCAGCAACAACAACAAUACGCCAAUGGCACCAAACCCCCGACCGGCAUUAAGGCCGAAUCCACAACAUCAAUACCAAUAGCCGCACUGCCCUUGGUGCCACCACCACCACCACCGCCACCACCCUCCUUCUCCCUACCUCCCCCGCCACCUGUCGCAUCGCCACCGUCCGUCGAUCCGAACAAUAAGAACUCCUAUGCCGGCAGCAGCUCAUCGGCCACGGUUAUGCCGCCCGGGAGCCUUGGCGGUAGCACAGGCGCUACGUCGUUUGUAGGCAGUCCAACGUCCUCGGUGGGCGCCGGUGGACACCCGCAAGAACCGGCUGCACCGGCUGCCCCCGCACCGAACGCGCACCAGGUCCUCAUCGACUCCGUAUUCAACAUGGACGAGCGCGAAGCCGAAGAGCUCCUACGUUUCUACCGGGACGCCUUUAGCAAGUUCAAUCCUUACAUGGAACCAACGCCGCCCGACACCAAGGUUUCCGAUCUGCAAUCCGAGAAACCACUGGUCUGGUUGAGCAUUGUCUGUGUGACGUGCUACCACGACUUUGAGCGCCAAAACUGCCUGGCCCGUGCCAUCAUCUACUACAUUACCGACAAAGUUUUUCUGAACAACCGCAAGUCACUGCAUAUGCUGCAGGGCCUCCUCAUCUUUGUGAACUGGUUUAUCUCACAGAACUUUGUCUUGCCGCAGUUCACCAACUUGAUCCACAUCACCAUGGCCCUGAUUGCCGACCUCGGUCUCAACAAGCUCAUGUUCUCCAAAACGAAUGCGCGCUCGCCGCUCGACCGCUACGUCUCCAAGACGAUGCAUGGCCCUAGCAUUGUCGCCCCGGACGAGGGACACACCUUGGAAGAGCGCCGUGCCUUGGCAGGUGGCUUUAUCUUGUCGCAUGCCAUGUCCGACGGGAUCCUUAUGUUUACGCCGCUGCACUACACGCUGCAGCUGGAAGACACCUGCCGGGUUUUUGAGACGGCCUUUUACGAAAAGUCCCAAAAGUCUGAUGCUAUCACAGCUGUGGUGACCGCCGACUUCCAACUCGCCAUCACUGUCCGCUUCUACAAUCUUAUCAGCCGAGUCCUCCAGGUGCAGCGGGACGCGGAUCUCUGCGGCGGCCGCUUCCUGGUCCCUGUGCGCACGCAUAUUGAGAAUUUUGUCGGCGAGCUGAACAAAAUCUGGAACAGCUUAUCCUACGACAUGCAGCAGGACUUCAAAAUCCAUCUCGGGUACUGUACAACCAAGAUCUACAUCUACGAGUUGAGCUUGUCGGCCAAUACCACGCCCUUUAAAGCACACAGCACACCCAGCCGCGAAUCGGACGACGGCUCCGCGCCCAUCGAGGGCGACAUGCCCAUCCAGUGCUACAUUGCUGCCAAGGAGUUUUUUGACGUGUACUUGACGUUGCCCGUCAGCCUGUACCACCAGUUCCCCGUCACCGUGAUUACGCAGCUGGUGCACGCGGAUCUCACGCUUGCCAAACUGACAGCCUACUUCCGUGGCAACACCAAACCGUUCGGAGUGCCAGAGGGUAUCACGCUGCCCGCAUUUGCCGACGUCAUUGACGCCGUGGCUGGCCGCUUCCAGAAAGUGCGGACGGUGCCGCAUCCUCUUGGGUACACGGUGCGCAAUAUUAUCUUUGACGCGUUCGCAGUGCGUUUGCGGUCGUUCAAGGUGCUGGAUCUGGCUGGGCGGAAGAAGAAAAGAAAGGAGGAGCGGGAGAAGGAGAGGGCGGCGGCGGCGGCCCUGCGAAGCCAAGGCCAAGGCCAAGGCCAGGGUGAAGGUCACGGUCAUGGUCACGGUCACGGCGCACCAACCGCCCCGUCGGGCCCAUCUGCUGUCAACCGCUCUCCCCCGACAGCGAACACUGUGCUGUCCAUCAGCAACCUGAUUGGAAACGUGCCCGAGGCCAUGAACACGGAGCCAGACAGCGGGUCCGAAUCGGCCGGGCCCAUCGUAUACCCGACCGUCGAGAUGGACCUAGACGUCGACGGCCUCAACAUGCACGGCGACCUUCCGGACCGAAGCCGGCCGUCUACGGUUGACGAAGAGCCGAUGAUGACCAACGACAACAUGGACAUGAUGGAGCUCACGGGCUCGGACGAGGAGGACCAGGCCGAGUGGUGGGCAUGGUUUGGCGAUUUCCAGUCGUCGCUGUUUGGUGCACCACCCGCGCCACCGAGCACGACAGGCGGCAGUGCCAGCGGGGCCAGUGCGACGGGCGCCAGCAGUGUGGCGGGCGGCAGUGUCGCCGGUGCCAGUGCCGCUGGCAGCACGGCAGGCGCCAGUGUGAGCGCAUCGGCCACGGGCACGGAAGACAGCUACAGCCACACGGGGCGGUUCACCGGCCAAGUCCAGCGGCGUAAAGGGCCGAGCAGUGUGGGCAGCAUUGACAGCCUGCUGAACUGA